AUGGCCGACGCGCCCGCGUCCAACUCGGCCAGCUGCCUGGAGAGGCUGAAAAGUUAUGUGAGGACCCAGAAAGGCAUGAUCCUCGCCGCCGAAAUCGUCAUCAGUUUCAUCAUCAUCAUUUGCUAUGCGGCAUCCUUGUACGGCGGCUACUCCACGGUGGCCAUCUGCGAGCUGGUCUUCGCCGCCAUCUUCUUCGGCAUUUUCAUGAUGGACCUGGAUAAGCAGUUCCAGUUGGUCAACUGGAUGUGGAGCGACCUGUUCCGGGCCGGCAUCGGCGCCAUCCUUUACAUCAUCACGUCGUUGGUGUGCGUGAUAGGCGGCAGUGGCGACGGUGCCCGCAUCGCCGGCGGGGUCUUCGGCUUGGUGGCCAGUCUGCUCUUUGCUUACGACACCUACACCAUCUUUUUGCAAAUCAAGAGCACCAGGCAGCACACGCCGGCCGCCACCGGAUCCGCGUGGCGUUUACGGACGCUGUGGCUGGUCAGAAACAUCGCAACUUUUGCCAACAAACGAUAUGAGCUGUGCACUUUUCUGCUCAACAGGAGGAAGCAGACGUCGGACGGCCCCGCGGAGAAGAAUGCCACGGGUGGAGGUACGCGCUCGCUGUCUUGA